GCGGGCGGGCGGUGCCGCCGGGCCGUAGUGACGUGUCCGCGCGGCGGCCCAGCCGCGACGGGUCAACGGUAGACGAGGGGUGGCAGGGAGGGAGCGCCGGCAGCACCGCGCCGGGCAGCGCCCCGAUAUGUUCAACGUGGAGAGCCUGGAGCGGGCCGAGCUGGGCGAGAGUCUCCUCACUUGGAUCCAGACAUUUAAUGUUGAGGCACCAUGCCAGACUGUGGAAGAUUUAACGAGUGGGGUUGUGAUGGCUCAGGUUCUUCAAAAAAUAGAUCCAGUGUACUUCGAUGAAAACUGGUUAAAUAGGAUCAAAACAGAAGUAGGAGAUAAUUGGAGGUUAAAGGUAAGCAACCUGAAGAAAAUUUUAAAAGGGAUAUUGGAUUACAACCAUGAGAUUCUAGGGCAACAGAUAAAUGACUUCACCCUUCCUGAUGUUAACUUAAUUGGAGAGCAUGCUGAUGCUGCAGAGCUUGGAAGAAUGCUUCAGCUUAUUCUGGGAUGCGCUGUGAAUUGUGAACAGAAGCAAGAGUACAUACAGACCAUAAUGAUGAUGGAAGAAUCGGUUCAACAUAUGGUCAUGGCAGCAAUUCAAGAGUUGAUGAGUAAAGAGUCUCCUGUCUCUGUUGGAGAUGAUGCUUACGUUGACCUUGAUCGACAGCUGAAGAAAACUACAGAAGAAUUGAAUGAAGCACUGUCAACAAAAGAAGAAAUUGCCCAAAGAUGUCAUGAGUUAGAUAUGCAGGUUGCAGCCCUUCAGGAGGAGAAGAGCUGCUUGCUUGCUGAGAACCAGAUUUUGAUGGAACGUUUAAAUCAGUCUGACUCUAUUGAAGAUCCCAACAGCCCUGCUGGUCGUAGGCAUUUGCAACUGCAAACACAACUAGAACAACUCCAAGAGGAAACAUUCAGAUUAGAAGCUGCCAAAGAUGACUACAGAAUACGCUGUGAGGAACUGGAGAAGGAAAUUGCUGAAUUGAGACAACAGACAGAAGAGCUUACUACGUUGGCAGAGGAAGCUCAAUCUUUGAAGGAUGAGAUAGAUGUACUGAGGCAUUCUUCUGAUAAAGUAGCCAAGUUAGAAAGCCAAGUGGAAUCUUAUAAGAAGAAAUUAGAAGACCUGGGUGAUUUGCGUCGGCAAGUGAAACUCUUAGAAGAAAAGAAUACAGCGUACAUGCAAAAUACUGUAAGCCUGGAAGAGGAGCUGAGGAAGGCCAAUGCAGCACGCAGUCAGCUGGAGACGUAUAAGAGGCAGGCAGUUGAACUACAAAACAGGUUAUCUGAAGAAUCCAAGAAAGCUGAUAAAUUAGAUUAUGAAUGCAAACGGCUGAAAGAAAAAGUAGACAGCCUCCAAAAAGAAAAAGAUAGAUUAAGAACAGAAAGGGAUUCUUUGAAAGAAACUAUUGAAGAGCUCAGGUGUGUACAAGCACAGGAGGGUCAACUCACCCCUACAGGAUCGAUGCUCCUAGGAAGACAAGAAUCUUCAGACAGUUUAGCAGCAGAAAUUGUUACUCCUGAAAUAAAGGAAAAACUCAUCCGUCUUCAGCAUGAAAACAAGAUCUUAAAGUUGAACCAGGAAGGUUCUGACAACGAAAAGAUUGCCUUGUUGCAGAGCCUUCUUGAUGAUGCAGAUUUACGGAAGAAUGAAUUGGAGACAGAGAACAGAUUGGUAAAUCAGAGACUUCUUGAAGUGCAAUCCCAGAUUGAAGAACUACAAAAAUCUUUGCAAGAUCAAGAUUCAGAAGCUGAAGAUUUUCUUCUGUUGGCUGCUGUUUUGCUUAAUACUAAUGAUACCUCUGUUUCUUGGCAUGGGCUUCUGCUCAAGGUUAUUUCAGUUCUUCUGAAAAAGAAACUUGAAGAAAAUCUUGUGAAGCUCCAUGAAGCUAAUAAUGAGCUACAGAAGAAACAAGCUAUUAUUGAGGAUUUGGAACCAAGAUGCAAUAACAGUUCACUCAAAAUUGAAGAAUUACAAGAAGCUUUAAGGAAGAAGGAGGAGGAAAUGAAGCAAAUGGAAGAGCGUUACAAAAAGUAUUUGGAAAAGGCCAAAAGUGUCAUCCGUACCUUAGAUCCUAAGCAAAACCAAGGUGCAACUCCUGAGAUUCAGGCUCUGAAAAAUCAGUUGCAGGAACGGGAUAGAAUGUUUCAUUCACUGGAGAAAGAAUAUGAGAAAACAAAAAAUCAAAGAGAAAUGGAGGAGAAGCUUAUUGUUAGUGCCUGGUACAAUAUGGGGAUGACUCUGCAUAAAAAAGCAGCAGAAGACAGGCUGGCAAGUACAGGCUCAGGACAGUCCUUCCUGGCUAGACAAAGGCAAGCCACGAGCACAAGGAGAUCAUACCCUGGUCAUGUCCAGCCAACAAUUGCAAGUUUCAGACUGCUCUUCAGGAGAGAGGAUUCUCCAGGACAGUGGUAAAACAGCUGAAGAAUCCUAAGAACAAGAAUACGUUCCAAGAGCUGUGCUGAGGAUAUGACAUGGUAGUCUUCUUGGGACAUUUCAGUUAAAUAGAAGGAUAUCAGCUAAAUACACAAAGUUGUUUGUUGUUCAGAGUUGAAGCGUAGUUUCUCGUCUCACAGAAUGUGUGUGCAGUUUGGUUUCUACACUUCAUGUUCAGUUGUUAGCAUAAAUGAGCGGACAUUUAAAAAAAAAAAAGCAUUCAAAUUGCUCAGGUUUCUUACAGCAUCAGUUAGCCACUUGAAUCCUAACGUGUGUUCCAAGAGCAGAGACAGCUGGAGUGAUCUAGUGUAAGGGUUGUGAGUCCCACCCACAGUGCAAGGGGAAACAAACUGUCAGAGCGCGCAGCUGUGUGCUUUAUUUAAAUGAAGCAAAUACCAUAUUGGCUACAUCGUGUUUUUCAGUCUCCCUUUGGAAAUAAGCAGAUGGGAAUCUUGUGCUGUUCUGAUGUGGGUAGUAACAACUCUGCAAGUGCUUCAUUGCGUUUUAUUCGUGUAAGCAGCACCAUCAGUUUUUUCAUUGCGUAUGAAAGAAUUAACGUUGACAAUUCCUACUGCUGCUUUGAUCAUCUCACUAGUAAGUGCUGUGUGCAGGCUGUCAGGAACAUUUAAGAGGAUUUGUCAAUUUUAAAGUCCUUCAUAUUUUGACAGAUGCAAGUAGCUUUUGCUUUUCCUCAGUUCUCCACUGUGUUAGGCUAUCUACUUCAUAGCUGCCUGGAUGUUUUUUAGUGCAUUUAGUUAUGUUGAUAUGUUGACAUUUUCUGGGAAAUGUUUUAAUCUUACCACUUGAUUUUCUUCUGGUUAGUGAUUGACUGAAUACAAUCCUGAAUGUGGCUAUUUUUCUUUUUUCCUCUGAUGAAACAAAAAGGUUACUGAAUUUUACUCAUUUUUUAGAGAUUUUUUUUUUUUCUUCUGGAUAUUUUGUCAUUUUGCAAGGAUUGAUGAGGGAGCUAUUUUUGCACUCAAAGUCAGAUCUAUACUGCUGACUUCUUGUGGGUUUUUGCACAUGUGUUUUAGAUAGAAUAUGUGGACUAUUGUUUUGCAGUAAUGUGAUGUUGAUAAGCUUUGACAUCUCCAAAAUAAGUUUAGCAAAUUUUGCAGGCAUUUUCCUCACCUGUGUUGUGCAAAUAAAUAGCUGAAAGAGGUUCCUUUGACAGGAAGGCUCUGAAGUGAUGUUUUUUCCACCUGGCAAAGCAACUGGUUGUACUUCAGGGGUAUUGCCGGCAGAAUAGUUUGAAAGCUAGACUGUGAUUGAUAUAUGAUCUCAGGAAAUCUCAUGCUUAUGAGGAAAACCUUUUUGGAAGUCCUCACUUAGACCAACAGUAUUAACUGAUUCUGGCAGUGGGAUACACUUAGUGCUCUGCUGAAAUGGAGAGGUGGAUCAUUAUAAACGUAAUAGUUUGAAUGUGAAGAUUGCAUAGGCAUGAAAUUUGGUGAAGCUGUGAGCCACAAAAAAGUGCAUGCAGCCUGGGCACGUCCCCUCCCAAGUAAGAGCAAUCCAACUCUCUUCUGUAUUGGCAAGGAAGUUGCUUUCCUACUUUGUACCUUUCAUCAGGAGAAAGAGCUAGACUCACAACACUGCGUGUGCUGUUGGAGGACCAAGAAAUGGCAAAGGGUGAAUCUUACUUGCACUUGGAAUGACUUCAAGCCAGAUCAUUUAUCUGAGGGCAGGCUGCAGGAAGUUCCCAAGCCCUAUGUAGGAUCCCAGCCGCAUCACAGGCUGGUAACUUUGAAGGAAUUGAGGAAACUCUGUGAUGACUGAUUUUGUUACUUAGUUGCUGUAAUGUUUCUUCGCUCUGGAAGCUCAGACAAAGAGCAGUAGCCUGUUAAUAGCUGUGCAGGCUGUAAGUGAAAAUAGGAGUCGAUUUCCGUGGUUUGAGGGUGGAGGUGGCAGAUGCAAACAACUGUUAAGGACAAAAAUCUGAAGAACAAGAUGUCUUUCUUAGUUUUGCUUUAUGGUGGUAGUUUAAAAGAGGUGGAACCUGAGCCUUUGUAGCUAGCUGUUCAUUUUUAAAAUUAAUUCUGAAUCACAGUUGAUUUAAGUAUUGGAGGCUUUCCUUAUUUAAGAUAGAAGCUGUCAUUAUCGAACACAGCCACCUCAGACUUCUUUCAUCUGGAAUGGCAAAUUCCUGCAGACUUUCUCAGCUGACAAACUUAUUGCAGUGUUUGGAGAUUCUCAUGACUUGUUCUGUUUCCGCUUGACUCUGCUUUAGUGAAUUCACUGAAAUAUUUGGCUACAGAGAUGAUUUUUAAAAUACAUCAGCUCAUUAAAUGAAUCGAUGCAUGAACUCGCUGAUGAAUGUAGAUUGAAAAUGAAUGAAUGACUGGAGAUAGAGAAACCAUAGAAAAGUUGACAUAUGAAAUAGUCCCACAGCACAUUGUACCAACCCUUGGCAGUAUAGUCGAGGCAGACACCCAAACAAGUUAUUCUGAUUUGAUAUCUUAUUGUGGGUCAGUAGGAGCUCAUGCUAAAUUCUGUGACGGAAGUCCUUAUCCAGCAGUUGUUAGUGAACGAUUUUUCUAUUGACUUCAUUACAGACCACCAUGUUCUGAUCUUUGCUUUUAGACCUUAGCAAAACAAUGGGAUUGUCCUAAAGUAAAUCCUGUUAUUAGUUGGUUUUGAUGUCAAACCAAGGAUUUCUAUGGGUGCUGUUUGCUGUGUAUAUACAAGAUUAUUUUGAAAACUGCUAGCUUAUCCUUCAGUAGUGCUGUGUGUUGGUUUCAAACUGAAACCUGUUCCUUCUGUCAGAUAAAAUGUUCUCGUUGCUGUUGAAUCUCAGAGAAUGAGCUGUAUUACAUGAAGAACGUUCCUAGAAGAGAGAAAGUUGGGACACCAUUGCUAGGACAGCUGGGACAUUGUUUCCUGUUGGUGAAUUUGUUCAUUGCUUCAUACUGGAGAGGUUCUUUACUAUCAGAUGAUGUUAGAGCCUCGCAUUUCAGAACGAGCAAAAUGGUUAAUUUAGUCUUCUCAAAAGCAAACAUUUUUCAGCACUUCGAAGUGCUGUUAACUGCUGUAGUGUGGCACAAAUUUGAAAUACUGCAAGAGCAAGUAUUGCCAUUGGUAUAAGGAUUGUUCUCCAAACAAUUGGAAGAAUUGGAAUCACUAAAAAUUAUCUUUAACCUCAGGAGACAGGAAAAUCAACAUAAAGGCCAUUUGUUAGCUUGUUAACAUGCUUGCAUUGUAAGCAUGGUCAUGAAAGAAAAGAAAAUCCCAAAUGGAGUAAUGCAGAGAGAGUUAUACUUGUGAUGAAACCAUUAGACUUUUUGAUUUGGAUUUGAAUAAAGCAUCCCUUAUGUAGUACAGAUGUUAUAAAGCACAGAUUUUAGUUCUUAGUCAGCAGAGUUAACAAGGAGGACAAAAUUAUUUUUGAGAGUAUCAGUGGUUUUGAGAGAGAUCUUAAAAUUUGUAUUUAACAGUACUAGUAAAAUCUUUGAAUAGUAAUAAACAUGACACUGUAAUGCCACACGUCUUAGAGUUUAUAGUCCACUUUGUAUUCUGUAGUUGUAGAAAUUAUAAAAAUGUGAACUGAUGUUGCCAUGGCUCUGGAAGAUGAUGUGAUGAGGGACUUUUUAAAAUGUCUAAAGGAAAUAACAUGGAGAAAAUGUAGAAAGAAUACGUGUAGGAAGAAAAAGAAACCUUAGUAGUAGUAACCAGUAAGUAACAUUAAGAAAUCUGCAGAAAGAGAAAUCUGGGGGCAGUUAACUUAAAGUAGAUGCUCAGCAGAAAUAUUUGGGAGGAGUCUGGUGUUAGACCUCAAAGUAAAGGUGCUCUUGGUGCUCUUCCUACUUUGGUGCUUAUAUUACAAAAUACUGGUUACAGACAGCGAAUUGGUGAGGAAGCCCAAUUCCCUCUUAAGGCUCCAAAAGUACACUGAAUAGCAAAAACAUGGUUGCUUAGAAGUAAGGUAUGGCGGUUGGGUUUUUUUGGAUUGCAUUUGCUUUGUGUGAGCAGUGUUGUUAGGGAAGCGUGUUGGUAACAUGCCAGAUACAUACCAGAGCUGGCUGGUGGAAAGGGAAAGCUCCUGUCCUUUCUGAGGCUGUAAUGUGCUGGAAUCAUCCCAGUGAGUAGAAGAAAUACGGGAUGACAAAGAAGCUAAGGAGGUUGUAAGGUACUGAUUGACUGCUUAUAAUGAAGUACAGCUAGUCAGUUCUCGUGUUGAACACUGGAGGGAAGUGUCCCUCUGAGAAAUAAUCCACCAAGGUAACAGUGAGCCUUCAGUUAUUUGUAACUGGAAUAUUUUGGACUGACAAGAAAAUUAAAAUCACUCCUUUGCAGACAAGUCAUCUGCAAAAUAAUCCGACCUGGUCUGGAGACAGUGCAGAGGAAACAACAGGUUAUGUUAAGGGAAUGUACUGUCACGUUUCACAUUUGUCAUCUUCUAGAGUAUUACUGUCUUCACAGGUAGAUUCUGCAAGUGUUGAUUCAUCUUCAGAGGUACUCAAAGACACAAGGAAAUCAACAGGCAGUUAUUAUAGAACAGUCUGAGAACUGCUUUGAAAAUGGCACUCAAACGAAUCAGGGGAUUUGAUGCAUCCCUGAAAGAGAAUUCACUGUCCAAAGUUGAUAAGACCUCUUUAGAAGUGCUGGUGUCCCAAAGAAAAGCCUGUCCUAUCACAUUUAUGUACAACAGGACACCUGAGGCACUGCUGAACAGUAAGUCUGAACAAUAUACAGGAGAUGCUCCAAAAGUAAUGCCUCCUGUUUUUAUGAUGUUGGUCCAUGGCAUCAGAGGCAAAUGUUGGUAGUAGAGCAGUAGGGGUGGAUCCUUCCCAUCAGCAUCUCAUUGCAUGUUGCUGCUGCGUGACUGAUGGCAGCAGAGGAGCACUCUGAGACAGUGGUGUCUGAAUGCAGGAGUGUGGGUAAAACAGAGGUGGGUAGCUUAAUUCCUUCAUAUGGAAAAAAUGGCACCCACUGACAUUCAUCCAUACUUGGUGAAUAAUACUUGGU